CGGCUGAGGCUGGGUAUUGGGCACGCUGGCGACCAAUCCGCGAGGCUCUUGCUGCGGAGUGGCUGGCCCCGUCGACGGCCGGAAACGCAAGGGUGGACUUUGCAGUGGUAGUUUUAUACGACUUGGGUCGGGGGAUUGGUGUCUGAGCGUUCUCAAGUCGGAAGCGACAAGGGACCUGCGGGCCGAGCUCGAGAUCCAUCUGCCCAGAGCUGUCUUCUGCAGAGCCCGGCAUGGGUUUCCUGACCGCGGUGACUCAAGGCCUGGUGCGGGGAGCGGACAGGAUGAGCAAGUGGACAAGCAAGCGGGGACCACGCACCUUCAACAAGGGCCGAGGUGCUAAGAGAACGGGCAUCUAUGCCUCAAAUGGGAAGUUUGUGCAGAUAAGGGAAAUGGUUCCAGAAUUUGUCGUCCCGGACUUGACCGGCUUCAAGCUCAAGCCCUAUGUUAAUUACCAAGCUCCUGCGGGCGUAGAUACACCCCUGACCGCCAAAGCGCUUUUCCUGGAAACAGCGGCGCCUGCUAUUGAAAAAGACUUUAAAGAAGGGACUUUUGAUGCUAACAACUUGGAGAAAUAUGGCUUUGAGCCCACACAGGAAGGCAAGCUAUUCCAGUUGUAUCCUAAGAAUUUCCCACGCUAGAAAACUGACAGAGACCAAAAGUUUGCCUAUGAAGUAGAGACAAUCCAAGCCUUCGAUUCAGAGUGUCUCAAAAAGGAGGGGCAGCUUCUUUGUGCACUUCUAUUAAAGGCCUUUGGUAACUCGU